AUGCUCCAGGACAGCCGGGCAGAAAAGGAGAUGAGAAUGGAGACCCAGGAGGACAAAUCCCAAGGGCAGAAUCUUGUGGAAGAGGCCAUUUUGAGUGGCUCCAUGGCACAGGAAUCCAAUGGGAACAAAAAGCCCCAGAGAUCCUGCAUGAGGAGGGGUUCCAAACCCAUCCCAGGGUGCUCGGAGAAUGGUCUACCCAGCCUGUGUCGGGAAGAUGGACAGAGCUUGAGCCAGAACUCCCACCUGAUCCAGAACCAGGUGAUCCAAACUGGGGAACGGCCCUACAAGUGUGGGGAAUGUGGGAAGGGCUUCAAGCACAACUCCACCCUUGUGACCCACCAUCGCAUCCACACUGGAGAGAAGCCCUACAAGUGCGGGGAAUGCGGGAAGAGCUUCAGCCACAGCUCCAGCCUGAUCCGCCACCAGAGGAUCCACACCAGGGAACGGCCCUUCCAGUGUGAGCAAUGUGGGAAGAGCUUCAACCAGAGCUCCCACUUGAUCCGCCACCAGAAUAUCCACGCUGAGGAAAGGCCGUACAAGUGUGGGGAAUGUGGGAAGGGCUUCAACCAGAGGUCCAAACUGAUCAUCCACCAAAUGAUCCACACUGGGGAGAGGCCCUACGAGUGCGGGGAAUGCGGGAAGAGCUUCAGCCAGAGGUCCCACCUGAUCUGCCACCAGAGGAUCCACACUGGGGAGAGGCCCUACAAAUGUGAGGAAUGUGGGAAGGGCUUCAGCCACAGUUCCACCCUGAUCCGCCACCAGAGGAUCCACACCAGGGAACGGCCCUACCAGUGUGAGCAAUGUGGGAUGAGCUUCAGCCAGACCUUCCACCUGAUCUGCCACCAAAGGAUCCACACUGGGGAGAGGCCCUACAAGUGUGAGCAAUGUGGGAAGAGUUUCAACCAGAGCUCCAACUUGAUCCGCCACCAGAACAUCCACGCUGAGGAAAGGCCAUACAAGUGUGGGGAAUGUGGGAAGGGCUUCAACCAGAGAUCCAAACUGAUCAUCCACCUAAAGAUCCACACUGGGAAGAGACCUGACAAGCCCUUCUGCUGCCAAGACCGCAGGAAGGGCUUCAAGCACAACUCCACCCUCAUCAUUCACCAGCGUAUCCACACUGGGGAAAUGCCCUACAGAUGUGGGGAAUGCAGGGAGGGCUUCCACCAGAGCCUCCUACUGGUCAUCCACCAAAUGAUCCACACCAACGAGUGUGGGGAAUAUGGGAUGAGCUUCAGCAUAAGGUCCCACCUGAUCUGCCACCUGAGGAUCCACACAUGUCCCGCUUGUGGGAAGAGCUUGUCCAGGAGCUCUCACUUGAGCAGACACCAACGGAGACACCAGUAA